GAGCUGGCAACUCCCUUUUCGCACUAGUUUCGCCUGGCGUGAACACGCGGAUUUCACUUGGUGGAUUUUCAAAUCAAAAAAUAAGGCAGGAUGACCAAGAAGCGCCGUAACGGAGGACGCAACAAGCACAACCGCGGCCAUGUGAAGCCUGUGCGCUGCACCAACUGCGCCCGCUGCGUGCCCAAGGACAAGGCGAUCAAGAAGUUCGUCAUCCGCAACAUUGUGGAGGCAGCCGCCGUCCGUGAUAUCACCGAGGCCAGCAUCUGGGACUCGUACGUGCUCCCCAAGCUCUACGCGAAGCUCCACUACUGUGUGUCGUGCGCCAUUCACUCCAAGGUGGUGCGCAAUCGGUCUCGCGAGGCCCGUCGCAUCCGUACGCCACCACUGCGCUCCUUCCCCAAGGACAUGGCCCGCAACAACCAGAAUAGGAAGUAGAUAUUUGGUCCCUAAAUAGCUGAAGGAAUAAGUAGGAACACUGGAUGCAGCAACAUCGACAUGGACUCCACCAACACGUCCAUCUAGAGCCGGGUUUCCUUCAUGCAAAUUGUAUUUGGUUUUUGUGGAACGCGGCGAAGCGAAGAAAAGCAGACGAAAUAUAUUGAUGCAUCCAGUUUUUUUAUAAUUCGAAAUAAA